CAAUGGUUGAAAACUAGCAGUUAUGCCGCUCAGCAGACGAGCCUAAUUCAAUGGUACUGAUCAGAGCAUCCGAUCCGCACGCGCUGGAGGCCACCGGGCAGCUCACACACACGGCGAGGAGAAGUUUGUGUGGACAGAGCGCGAGCGCGAGGGCUUCUCCGGAUUUCUCUCCAGCUCGACGGCUCCUCCAUUCCUCCUCCUCCUCCUCCGGCUCGGCAGCGGUCGACACAUCCUCCCCAAUGUUACCAUCCAACUGAAGCGCGGGGAUUUUACCUCUUCCAGCUGUUUUCCUGACUAUUAAUAAAAAAAAACAAUAGCCAAAACCUGAACACGGGUCACUAUGUUUUUGUUACCAUUCCAUACUAGGAGGCGUUUGACUAGCUUUUGUCCGGGGGCGUUGUGCUUGCACUUCAUGCUCUGGAUUGUAUGUGCCGUUUGCGGAGAGGAGCAGCCGUUCAGUGUGGAGGCAUGGCUCCAGCGGUAUGGUUACCUCCCCCCCACAGACCCCAGAAUGUCUGUCCUGCGCUCGGCGCAGACCAUGCAGUCUGCUAUCGCUGCCAUGCAGCGGCUGUACGGCCUCAACGUCACCGGCGCUCUGGACAAGAACACCAUCGACUGGAUGAAAAAGCCCCGGUGUGGGGUACCAGACCAGCUUGGCGGUGCCUCCAAAUUCAGCGUACGGAAACGACGCUACGCCCUCACGGGACAGAAGUGGCAACACAAGCAUAUCACAUACAGCAUAAAGAACGUCACACCCAAGGUGGGCGCAGAGGAGACCCAUGAUGCCAUCCGCCGGGCGUUCGAGGUGUGGCAGAAUGUGACGCCACUGCGUUUCGAGGCUGUUCCCUACAGCGAGCUGGAGCGGAAUAAGAAAGAUGUGGACAUUACCAUCAUAUUCGCCUCCGGAUUCCAUGGAGACAGCUCACCCUUCGAUGGAGAGGGGGGCUUUCUGGCACACGCCUACUUCCCUGGGCCAGGCAUCGGGGGAGACACGCACUUCGACUCAGACGAGCCCUGGACUCUGGGGAACCCCAAUCAUGAUGGGAAUGACCUGUUCUUGGUGGCCGUGCAUGAGCUGGGCCAUGCGUUAGGCCUGGAGCACUCCAAUGACCCCACAGCCAUAAUGGCCCCCUUCUACCAGUACAUGGACACAGAGAACUUCAAACUGCCUCACGACGACUUGCAGGGUAUCCAGAAGAUUUACGGGCCACCAGACAAGCUUCCUCAGCCUACAAAGCCUUUACCGACAGCGCCCCCUCCACGCUCACACCCCCCUUCAGACCCCCGCAAACAUGAUCGUCAGACACGGCCCCCACGCAUACCCACAGGGGACAAGCCCACACAUCCAAACGCCAAACCCAACAUCUGCGAUGGAGACUUCAACACACUUGCCAUCCUACGACGAGAGAUGUUUGUGUUCAAGGACCACUGGUUUUGGAGGGUUAGAGACAAUGCAGUGAUGCCAGGCUAUCCCAUGCUUAUCAGUGUGUUCUGGAGGGGUCUGCCGCCCAAGAUAGAUGCUGUCUAUGAGAACAGCGAGGGCAAGUUUGUCUUCUUUAAAGGGAAGCAGUUCUGGGUGUUCAAGGACACCAUGCUCCAGCCUGGCUACCCAAAGGACAUUUCCAUGUUUGGCAACGGCAUGCCAGCACAGAGUAUCGAGACCGCCGUCUGGUGGGAGGAUGUAGCCAAGACCUACUUUUUCAAAGGGGACAGGUAUUGGAGAUACAAUGAGGAUAUGAGGACCAUGGAUCCCGGCUACCCAAAGUCCAUCACAGUGUGGAAGGGUGUCCCACCUUCUCCUCAGGGUGCCUUCGUAGACAAAGCCAAUGGUUUCACAUACUUCUACAAAGAUAAAGAAUACUGGAAGUUCAACAACCAGAGACUGCGGGUGGAGCCGGGCUACCCUCGCUCUAUUCUGAAGGACUUCAUGGGCUGUGACCUGAUGCCCAUCGACCCCGACCGCCUCCCCACGGAGGACGUGGACAUUGUCAUCAAGCUGGACAACGAGGCCAGCACGGUCAAAGCCAUCGCCAUCGUCAUCCCCUGCAUCCUGGCGCUGUGUCUGCUGGUGCUGGUCUACACCGUCUUUCAGUUCAAGAGGAAGGGCACGCCACGCCACAUACUGUACUGCAAACGCUCCAUGCAGGAGUGGGUGUGAAUCAGAGCCCUGCCCCUUUAACUCUCACCUCCCGGCAGACGCCGCGGUGGUACAGCCCACCUUAAAACCUGCGGACUUGCGGCCCUGACCUCACUCUGUCUCACUCCGGCUCUGUGGGGAGCAGAGAGGGCCUUUGCCUAGAUCUCCCCCUCCAGGAGAGGAAGGGUGCAUUAUUUCUUACUCCUAGCUCCUCUCCAAUUGGCUCAGUGCGCCCGCUCUAAGACUAGAGAGGGUUCUAGACCAGACACCUUCUACGGUGCGCUGCGUCAUUCUGCGUCAAAUCAGGUCUUAACUGUUCUAAGUGGAAAAAAGCUGAUUGCUAUAUCUUUAGGUUUUACUCCCAACUGCACGCUCAAACGAGAGAAAACAAAAAAGAAACAAGCCCAUCUUAAAGUUGCUGGAAUUCAACGAGUUAACAUCUUCAGAGUUUACCUAA